AUGGAAUAGUAAUACAACAACAUUGGUAGACAAAGCAUGGUCAGCUACUAAAGUUCAACCUAGUAGUUUGACUAAGUCAUUAAAAACACUUUUCCAUUGCACAAUGAUGGACAGAAUUUAAAAAUAAGAUGGAAUUAUUAAUACUAGGAAAAAUACUUGCUGCUUUUAAGAGAACCAUUGAAUGAUGAGAAACUAUAUUCAUAGGUGCUUGAUCUCAUUGAUAUUGAAUCAUUGAAAAUAAUUAAGAGCCGUAAGAUUCAGGUAGAGUUAGAUGUUUAACUCAGUAUAUCAGAUGAUUAGAAAUACCUUAUAUGCCAACUUUGUGAUCAAGACUUGCUACAAAUUUUUGUUUUGGAAGAUUUUUUGAUUGGAAAAAAUGAGUUUUUGAGAAUCGUUUAUGAUUUUAAUGGAUAUGGAUAUUCUAUGGCAAGAAUUCUUGAUAAUAAAGGUAUCUUAUUUGAGUACUUGACUAAAAUUGAUAGAAAUUUAAAAACCAAUGAACCUUAUCCAAGAGGAUCAAUCUUAAGAUUAAACAUCGAUAUUGAUGAGCUUGAUAAAUCUCAGAUUCAAGAAAUAAAAUUGACUUAGUAUAAAAAAGAAAUUUGGGAAAAUUUCAAAAACAGAUAAACUGAAAAUCAGUCAAUUUAAUUUAGCUCAUCUGAUGGGAAAAUCUCUUAUUUGAUUAGUUCCUUUUCCUAGAUUGAGGGUAGCUCAAAUUCAAGCUUGUACUAGAUCGACAAAGAAGGAUUCAUAAAAUUCGUAAAAAAAUUUGAAAGAAAUAAUGAUGAGAUUGAUUAAAACCUCAUUUUCUCUAGUGAGUUAAUAGUUUAAGAGGAUAAAAUUGCCAUUUUCAUGUCUAAUGAUACAAUACAUUAUAUUUAUAUCUUAAGAAAAGAUACUCUUCAAUUGACUAAUAAAUUUUGUCUAUUUAAAACAAACUCAAAUUAAACAUUUGAUAUGAUGAAUUUGAAUCAAAUGAAGAUAUUUUUAAACAUUUUACCUGAAACUAUUAAAAAACUAGAGAAUAAGAUUGUUCUUCAAGAUUUUAAAUAGUCAAAGAAACUUGUUUAAUUUUUCAAGAUUAAGUAAUUAAUUUAUUUGUUAUGUUUUGAGGAUCUUGAGGAUUAAAAUACCUUCUAAAUUUAUUUUGUUUCAUGUAAUGAUCCAAUGAGAUAGUAAUUAAUAUUGGACGAUUAGUCGGAACUAAAAGAAAAUGCAAAUACUCCUAUUUUGAAAUAUAAGCCCUAGCAAUUAUCUUUUGAUCUCAUAAAUAAUACUCUCUAUUGUUUUUAUUAUGAUAACUAGCAGUUGAAGUUAUAUGAUUUCAUGAAAAAGACAGAAAGAUUAAUAUAAGAUAAUACUGACAAUAUCACUCCAACAUAAUUCGAAGUUGAUUAUUAACAAAGGAUUAUAUUUUUGUUAGAUUAAAGAAGUAUAUUUGCCUUUGACUUUGACUCAGGUGAAAAGAUUGAUUUAGGUUUCUACGAUUUAGGAGUUAGCUUCACAAAAAUAACACUGUUCAACAAUAUGAUAGCUGCUCAUUACUAAGAUAGAACCUACUAUUAUUUCCAAAUUCCAAACAGAAGAUUAGAAAGGGUUAUCAAAAUAGAAUUUCCAGUUCCUCUUGAGUUUGAUAAUCAAUUUGAAAAGCAAGUUUUUAUUGUUCCAGAUAUUAGACACUAGGAAGAUACCUCCAAUUUGUUUAGACCCUUUGAGAUGAUUGAGGAAUUAGAAAAAGCCGAGUAUAUCGAAAUUUCAGAAAAUCAAGGAAUUACUUUUUACAGUUAACAUAAUUAAAAUCCUGUUUGCUAAGUUGAUAUUUUUUUCACUUCACUUGAUCUGCAGAAGAUGAGAGAUAUCAUACACAUGAAUACUGAUUAGCAAAUAAAAUCUGUAAAAUAAGAUUUAAAUAUCUAUCUGAAGUACUACCCAGGAUUGGGAAACAUUUUCAAUUCAUUUGCUCUAAAACCUUAAAUACUUGAACAAAUUUCCAAGCUUAUUUAAACUUCCGACUAAUCAGCAUAAAAAUUAAUUAUCUUAAGGGAUUAAAUUGGUGGUAAAACUCCACUAUAACUUGCAAUUGAAAAAAAUUAAGUCAAAAGUAUUUCUAUUCUACUUGAAUUAAUGAUAAAGUAUCAAGAAAAUAAGCAUCUAAAUUGUUUUAUUGAUGAAAAUUUAGUGUAGUUAAUGAAGUUUUAAAUAGACUUAAGCGAAUACUUUGAUACCAGUAUGUCUAUCUUUUAAAUCACACAUGAAGAUUUCCCACCUUUGCAUUAGAAUGGUGAAGAAAUUAUUGUUGGCUAUUGUAAUAUUGAUAAGAUAGAUAACAUUGACUAAAAAUAUGAAGAAAUAUUUAGUGCUCACUUGGAUGAAGUAGCAAAUGAUUAAGAUGUUCUCAGUACUACUGAUGUAAACGAGUACUUUGAGAGCACGACUAUACAAACAAUCAUAAAAUACAAAUGGGAGGCUUACACAAAAAGAUUUUUUGAGAGAUAAUUCUACCUAUACCUUAUUUAUCUGCUGACAUUUAUUUUUGAGAUAUUUUAUUCCCUUAGUAAUGGGAAAACAUAGAAAGACUAUAUUGAAGAUGAUAGGAUACUAACUGUAAUUAUCAUUACCAAAAUGAUUUGCAGUUUAAUUUUAAUAUACUUCUUAAACUAAGAAGUUAAGUAAGCUAGAAAACAAGAAGGAUAUUUGAAAGAAAUUUAGAAUCUCUUUGAUUUCUCCUUGAUUAUUUCCUAUUUUGUAAUGACUAUCAUUGAAUUUGGAUUUUAAGCUCAAAAACUAUUAAUCCUUGCUUAAAUCAUUGUAGUAAUACUUUCUUUUAUGAAGCUUUACUUCUUUUUGAGAAUCUAUGAUGGCUUUAGUUUUCUUGUAACAAUGAUGUCUUCUGUAUUCUAUGAUCUUCAAUACUUUAUUGCUUUCUUCCUAAUCUUUAUAUUUUAAUUCGGACUCAUACUAACAAUUUUGUUUCAAGCACAAUGGAUUGAAGAAUAUGAUAAAAUCACCACUGUUGCAUACUUUUUAAUGGCAUUUAGAAUUUCUUCAGGUGAUUUUCAAUUAGAUGCUUUCAAAGAUUAAGACUCUUUUUUAGUAGGAUUAUCUUGGAUUUUGUGGUUAGUUGGAGUUAUCGUUCUUAAUGUAGUAUUCAUGAAUUUUAUCAUUGCUGUCAUCUCAGAAUCUUAUGAGAAAGUUAUGUAAAAAUCAGUUGCUGAACAAUUCAGAGUUAAAGUUCAAAUGAUUGCUGAGAGAGAAAUUCAUUUCUCCAAAGAAGACACUCAAAAUCCUUAUUUAUUCCCAAAAUAUUUAAUUUUGAGAAGACCUAUUGACACUAUUGAUUCUGAUUCAGGUGAAUGGCAAGGAUUCAUUAAAGAUUUAAAAUCAACUAUAAAGGUUUAAAAUCUAAAGUUGAAGAAUGAGAUUAUUUAAAAUCUCAACUAAUCAAAGAAUCAUCAUAAAAAACAAGACAAAAUCGCUCAAUCUUAGAUAAAUCAAGAGGAAUUAUCUCAGAUAAAGUCCAAGCUUGAUAAGAUUGAUGAAGACAAUAAGCUUUUGUUUGCCAAAUUUGAUGAGAUUAAGAAACUAAUUCUAGAAAAGUGA